GUGAAAGUCUAUAAAUGAGGGAGGACGCGCACCGUGGCUCCAAUGAAGAGGAGGGGAGCUCCGUGGACGCACCGUGGACUUCUACACGACAUUGUGAAAAACAACAACAACUCCUACUACAACAAGACGCUGCGCGUACACGCUGCAGCGGAGACGUGCACGUUUGUGGAGUACAGUGCCAUGCGAGGGGGGGCUGCAGGAGGCGGAGGGGGGGCCAAGCUGCUUGCGGUUGGAUAUUGGGUCACAUUUGGAUAACUUUUGGGAGAUCCAGGACCUGCGGGAGUGGGAAUUUGGAAGGAUUUAUCCCCUCCUUUUUUCAUUCUCUUAUUUCAUUCAUCCCACCUUUGGAAUUGUACAGCUUUUUUGGGAAGGGGGUGUCAUUUUGGCUGCUGAAGGAUGGCAGCGUGGUUCACCUUCACCCUGGCAUUCAGCACCUUAGCACAGGUUUUUUGCUCGGGUGUUUUUGAGCUGCACCUCCACGAGUUUCGGAACCACAGGGGUCUGCUGGCCAACGGGAGCGCGUGCAAGCCCACCAGCUGCAGGACUUAUUUCAGGAUUUGCCUGAAGAACUACCAGGCCGUGGUCUCGCCGGGGGACUGCAUUUUUGGGAGUACCAGGACGCCGGUGCUGGGCUCCAACUCCUUCAGUGGCACGCCGCCCGGACCCAUCCAGAUCCCCUUCAACUUUGGAUGGCCGGGCUCCUUUUCUUUAAUAAUUGAAGCCUGGCACUCUCCUCGUGGAAAUCUACCUGUAGAUACCGACAACCAGGACUUUUUAAUAAGCUUUUUCGCCAUCCAAAGACAACUGAGCGUCGGCACCGACUGGUCUCAGGACACGCAGACGGCCGAGCAGACCGAGCUGAGGUAUUCCUACCGCUUCGUCUGCAACGACAGCUACUACGGCGAGAGCUGUUCCAAGAAAUGCACGCCGAGGGACGACCGAUUUGGACACUACACCUGCACCAGGGACGGUCAGCUGUCCUGCCUCCCUGGCUGGAAGGGGAAAUACUGCGAAGAACCGAUCUGUCUGGAAGGCUGCAGCGAGAGGAACGGCAACUGCUCCAAGCCUGGGGAGUGCGUGUGCAGAGACGGCUGGCAGGGCACCUUCUGUGACGAGUGCAAGAAGUACCCGGCCUGCAAGCACGGCACAUGCCAGCUGCCGUGGCAGUGCAACUGUCAGGAGGGCUGGGGAGGCCUGUUGUGUGACCAAGACUUGAACUUCUGCACGCAUCACCAUCCCUGUGUCAACGGCGCCACCUGCAUGAACACGGGCCAGGGAAGCUACACGUGCACGUGCCUGCCAGGGUUCACGGGGGUCAACUGCGAGCUGGAGAUGCAGGAGUGCGACAGCAACCCCUGCAGGAACGGAGGGAUAUGCACGAAUCUGGAGAGCGGCUACAUGUGCACAUGUCUGGAAGGCUUUGAGGGCUCGCACUGCGAGCACAGCCUGCUGACGUGUGACGAUUCGCCGUGCUUCCACGGCGGCAAGUGUUGGGAGAAAGACAACGGGCGGAGCUACAUGUGCGAGUGUCCCCGCGGCUACACCGGACUCAACUGCGAGAAGAGAGUGGACAAGUGCACGUCGCUUCCCUGCGCUAAUGGCGGUCAGUGCCUGAUCCACGGUGGCAUGCGUGUGUGCAGCUGCCGUGCAGGAUUUACAGGCCAGCGCUGUGAGAUCAACAUCAACGAAUGCGCCGGCAACCCGUGCAUCAAUGGCGGCACCUGUCUGGACCGAAUCAACGACUACACCUGCGCCUGUGCGGCAGGCUACAGCGGACGCAACUGUGACAAAGUCCUGAACGAGUGCCCCCUUCAUCCUUGCCUUAACGGUGGCGUCUGUACUGGCGGUGGUGGGCCCGGAAAGACCCCAGGGACCUGCGUCUGCCCACCUGGUUUCACCGGUCCAAGCUGCGAGUUUUUUGCCGCCGUGACUUCACAAGUGGGAGAGAUUCAAGACGGCUUCCAGUGGGCGGCGGUCUCCCUGGCCGUGGGGCUGGUGGCGCUGCUGGUGCUGCUGUGCAUGGUGGGCUUGGCCUUGAGGCACAUCUACAGGCAGGCCCGAAGGCAGCACGACGACACAGAGACCAUGAACAACGUGUCCGGCGCUCAGAGGGAUAACCUUAUCCCGGCGUCGCAGUUGAAAAACACCAAUCAGAAAAUGAGCCUGGAGGUGGACUGUGACUCGGAGAAAUCAAACUUUAUCUAUAAAAACUAUCACUUGGACCCUUACAGCUCCAAAACAAAGGAGUUUAAGGACGAGAAGUCACAGGAGGACAAAAGUCUUAUUUAUGACAAGUGUUUAGAAGAGAAAAGACCCUCGAGUAGAGUGUGCAGUGAAAAGCCGGAGUGUAGGAUAUCAACAAUAUGCUCCUCCAGAGACUCCAUGUACCAGUCGGUGUUUGUCAUUGCCGAGGAAAGGAGGGAGUGCGUCAUAGCCACCGAGGUUUAAAACUGUGAGCGACGCAGGAAGAGAGGACACACAAUCGAGGCAGAAUUCAACAUUCUGGAUUGUUUACAAAUGCCGAGGAGAAGAGACUAGAGAGGUUUUUCCAUGUCCACUGCUGCUCUCUGGGACACUUGAGGACACAUGAGGAGCCUACGAGGCGUGAGCAGUGGAAGAACGUUAACUUAUCAUCUCUCAGACUUGUCAGAAGGAGGUGAAGGUGGAUUGCCCGCCGCUCGUUUCCUGGCCUUGUGUGAUAAUCACUCUUACCAGCCAACCAAUCAGUGAAAGUUGCCUGAGAUUUUGAUCAACUUCUUCGCCCCAAAAAACCCUCCAACCGCUGCUGCCACCUUCGCCUUCUAUGCAAAAAAAAACAACAACAAAAAACUCAGGGUGGAGCCCCACAAUCCGACGUCACAAACACUGAGAGUAAUGAAUGUCUGAAGCGUCGUCUGCAAGAAUGAAGACGACAUGCAGCCCAAUUUCACUAGAAGCCUUAAAAGUGGGAUGUGUCGCUUCUUCUGUGCCCUUGCUCGUCUCCUCUUGGAUUGUUUGCACUACAAAAAAGAAAAGAAGGGGGAGAAAUUAACAAGGUAUGGAAGCUCCUUGCAUCACUGAAAGAAAAAAUAUCCCAAUGGUAAAUCAGAACUAUGAGGUAAAAAGUCAGAAAUAUGAGAUAAAGUAAUAAAUUCUAAGAUAAAAAGUAUAAAUUACGAGAUAAAAAGUCAUAGUUAUGAAAUAAAUCGAAAUUAUGAGAUAAAAAAGUCAUAACUAUGAGAUAAAAAGGUAAAAUGAUUUUUAAAAAAAAGUCAUAAUUAUGAGCUAGGAAAGUCAUAACUAUGAGAUAAAAAGGUAAAAUGAUUUAAAAAAAAAAAAAAGUCAUAAUUAUGAGCUAGGAAAGUCAUAAUUAUGAGAUAAAAAGGUAAAAUGAUUUUUUUUAAAAGUCAUAAUUAUGAGCUAGGAAAGUCAUAAUAAGAUAAAAAGUUGCAAUUAUGAGAUUAAAAAGUCAAAUUUAUGAUAAAAAAAAGUCAUAAUUACAAGGUAAAAGGUCAAAAUUACAAGAUUAAAAUUCAAAUUAGAUAAAAUGAUAAAUUAUUAGAUAAAAUGAUAAAUUACGAGAUAAAAAAUCAGUUAUGAGAUAAAUCGAAAUUAUGAGAUAAAAAGUGAAAAUUAUUGAUUAAAAAAUAACAUAAUUACGAGAUAAAAAGUCAAAAUUACGAGGUUAAUAGUCAAAGUGAUGAGAUAAAAUUAUAAAUUGAGAUAAAAAGUCAUAAUUAUGAGAUAAAAAAAGUCAAAUUUAUUAGAUAAAAAUUCAAAUUUAUGAGAUAAAAAUUCAAAAUUACGAGAUUAAUAGUCAAAAUGAUGAAAUAAAAUGAUAAAUUAUGAGAUAAAAAGUCAUAAUUAUGAGAUAAAAAGUCAUAGUGAUGAGAUAAAUCGAAAUUAUGAGGUAAAAAGUGAAAAUUAUGAUUAAAAAAAGGUCAGAAUUAUGAGCUAGGAGAGUCAUAAUGAUGAAAUAAGAAGUCUCCAUUAUGAGAUAAAAAGUCAAAUUUAUGAUAUAAAAAGUCUAAAUUAUGAGAUACAAACUGCACAUGUGCCACCUUCCUCUCUGGAGCCUUCAUCACUCGGCACAUGCGCGGUUUAUUUUGGACUUUUUAUCUCAUAAUUAUGAGCUUUUGUCUCGUAAUUAUGACUUUCUUAUCUCAGAAUUUACUUGUAACCUCAUAAUUUUGAAUUUCCAUCGCAUAAUUGUGACUUUCUUAUCCCAUAAUUGCAAGACUUCCCGUUGGGAUAUUUCUUUCCUUUCAGUGCCGAAGCGGGCUUGCAUCAUAACAAAGACUCUGAAGAGAAAGUAUGCAUAGAAAAGUGUUUCUAUGCAACCCAAACGAGAUCAACACAAAGACCGUCACACCACCGCCUGCCUACGACACAUUUCACAACUACAGAACCACUUGUUUUUUUUUAAGUGAUUAUUUCCAGAGAUUAAUUUAAAUACGACACAUUGCUCUUUAUAUGUUUUAUAAUAUUAUUUUGUAUAUAAUGCAUAUUUAUAAGGACCAAACUUCUGAGGAAUAAAUUUUUUGUGGAAAAAGAAGGGUUCAAAGGUACUUUAUUUUGAAAAGAGUACAAAUGAUGAUCAGAUGUGGUUUGUAUUUAUUGCUCCUCACGGAGGAUCACUUGUAAUUGGACAAAUGCAACAUGGCUUGAGAAGAUGAAACCCAGCUGAACGUUUUUGGACAUCAUCGCCGCUUUACGUCAUUCCUGGAAUCGCCUCUGGCUCUUAGCCCACCCUGUCUUCUCCCCCCAAAUUGGCUUGAAAUUCAAAUCCGUUUCCACGGAUACCACCCCUCCACCCACACCCCACCCCGAGCUGGAAACGAUGAAACAAAGCUUAAGCACGAGGGGGGCAAAGAAAGAAGUGGUAUGCCCCCCACCCCACCUCUCAUAAUGCUCUCACACACGCGUCACCAUAAAAACAGAUGCUGCAAGGGGGGCCCAUUAAAAAAAAAAAAAAAAACAGCAGCAUAUGCCAGCCAUAAAAUAACACACACGUGCACACUCCCCAACUGCCGGCCUCCCCCUCCAGGGUUAAGAGCGAUAUUUCACUACCCGCUUCUGUACCACCCACUC